AUGUCUAUGCCACUGGAGCAUGAUUACAUAGGCUUAACAGAGACUUCUUCAAUGGAAAGAAGCUCUGAAAAGAUUUCUUCUUCCUCUUCCUCUGCCCUCUCCACAACAGAGGAUGAGAAGAGCUCUACUUUCAACCUCAAGGAGACUGAGCUAAGGCUUGGCUUGCCUGGUUCUCGCUCUCCCGACAGAAAAUCAGGACUUGGAAUUGGGGUCUCUAUUUUUGGAAAAGAUUUAGAGGAUAACAAGCAUAAUGGGUAUACUCCAAACCCUUCAAAGAACCCUGUGUCUGGGGCUAAGAGGGGCUUCUCUGAUGCCAUUGAUGGCUCUUCUGAGAAAUGGGUUUUUGGAUCUGAGGUUGAUAUGGGUAAAGGAGCAAUCUUGUUCUCUCCUAGAGGUAUGAAUAAUGUUAAGUCUCUUGGUGUUGAGAGUAAUGGUAAAACCCAACAGUUAUGUGCUUCUGCACAAGCCAAGCAAGAGGUUGCUUCUGUUCCUCAAUCACCAAAGCCAGUCCUGGAGAAGAAGCCUCAGGUCUCUGAGCAUGCUAGUGCUCCUGCUGCCAAGGCACAGGUGGUAGGAUGGCCCCCAAUUCGAUCAUUUCGGAAGAACUCCAUGGCCUCUAAUUUGGCAAAGAACAAUGAUGAUGCUGAGGGCAAACAAGAGUCUGGGUGCCUUUAUGUGAAAGUUAGCAUGGAUGGUGCUCCUUACCUGCGGAAGGUUGACCUUAAAACCUACAACAACUACACUGAACUCUCCAUGGCUUUGGAGAAGAUGUUUAGCUGCUUCACCAUUGGGCAGUGCAGCUCUAAUGGAAUUCCAGAGCGAGAUGGCCUGAGUGCGAGUCGGUUGAUGGAUCUUCUCCAUGGUUCUGAAUUUGUUCUGACUUAUGAAGACAAGGAUGAUGAUUGGAUGCUUGUUGGUGAUGUUCCUUGGAAGAUGUUCACUGAGACGUGUAGGAGGCUAAGGAUCAUGAAAGGUUCCGAAGCAAUCGGGCUAGCUCCAAGGGCCGUGGAGAAGUGCAAGAACCGCAACUAA